CAGCAUGGAAAAAGAGAGAGAGGUCCAGAAAACAAGGCGCACAUUAACGUUACAUCACAAAGUGCCUGAAAAUAUGUCACACAUGCUGGCAAUGUGGAAGGUGCCCUGGGAUACCCAUGGGACUUCAGCAUUGGUCCCCAGACAGGCCCAUGUGAAGAGACCUGCUACAGCUGCAGACAUCGGCCCCAGAAAACCGCAUCAGGGAGCAGAUAACAGUAGGGACAAAAUGGUUGCUCGUGCCAGGCGUUCUGAGUCGGCUGAGGACAGUCGAGCCGGAUGCACCACAGAUAUCUGGCACUCCCUGACAAAGGACCUGGUGGAGGAGAGCAUUCCCUGCGGGACACAGGAAAUGAAGAGGAGGCCGUCCACAGCCAGGCAACACAGGCAUGAAUACUCCAGUGCCUCAGGCAGUGUGCGGAUCACAGAUGUCCAGCUGCAGGGUCUGUUAGUGAGGCUGGGGAACUCCUCCCAGAGAGAGCAGGACAUCGGGGGGUUCCGUCUCCAGCAGAACGUAGCAGGACGUCCCAUCACAGAGUUCCUCUUCCCUCCCAGAACACUCCUCCAGCCAGCUAGCUCUGUUACGGUUUGGUCUGAAGCCUCUGGAAGGAAGACACAGAGCCCAGGGGACUUCCUUUGGGUUGGGUUGGAGCGCAUCAUGUUGAGACCAGAGUGCACCACAGUCCUAUGCAAAGACAAUGGCCAAGCCAUAGCAUGGUACACACCUGCACGCUGUACUGGGAUAAAGCCACAAAAGGCCUGGGCUGAGCAUCAUGAAAAAAUGGAGAGCUGCAGAGAGGACUCUUUGUCCUGUGAAGAGGCAAGCAUCCCUGCUACAGAGAUCAACUGCCCUGACAACACACCCUUUCUUCUGAUUAAAAGGAAAAAGCAUGUGUUUAGGGUGUGCCACAGUCCGUGGACCCAGAACCCUUCAUCCAUAACCCAUCCUUCCUGCUCCCCCUGUGCUCUGCUAGACUUCCGGGCCCAGCCCCAGAGCAACCCUGCAAGGAAGCACACCGCCGGUGUCCAGGCCAGAAGACCUGCUACCCUACGUUCCCAGGGGACUGGAGUGGGAGGAGGGCCUGUUCGAUCAGCAGGGCCCUGUGUAGGAGGCAUGAUGUUCCUUGGCUCUCAGCCCCCCUGCGCCUCCCCCCUCCAGCAGUACCGCACUGCAGCUAAACUACACAGCCACAACAUGGUUAUUACUGCUUAGAUGCAUGAAAGUCAAAGCGGUAGCUACUGCUGCACAGGCACAUGACUGUCCAGGGACUACGGACAUGAGACUGAAACCACCUUGGGCAAGCAGCAGAAACAGAGCCCCACUCUACUCUUCAUCUGUUUCAUUAGGUCUACUUAACAGAAGAUCCUCUGUACUGUCAGCUUUGGUGUCUAUUGGUUGCCUGUUUAAAAA